CUUGGUCUUGCAGCAAUCAGGGUCCAAGAGAGAAAGAGGUACAUAUUGCUUGCUAGCUAGCUCGAUCGCCAAGGAGGAUGAGGGUGGCGGUGGUGGGCGCCGGAGUAAGCGGGCUGGCGGCGGCGCACGAGCUGGCGACGAGCUGCGCCGGCGGCGUCGACGUGACCGUGUACGAGAAAGAGGACAGCCUUGGCGGUAGUUUUGCGCGGACAGUCGGCGUCGAUGGUGGCGCCGGCGGCGAAGUCGUCCAUCUCCACCUCGGCUUCAUGCCCUUCAACUCGGUAACAUCCCCAAACAUGAUGCAAUGGUUUGCAGAUCUUGGGGCCAAUAUGGAGAGAUCAGACAUGUCCUUCUCUGUAAGAACACAAUUGGAUGCUUGUGGUGAAUGUGAAUGGGCCAGCAGCAAUGGCAUCUCAGGCCUCUUGGCAAAGAGGAGUAAUGCGCUCAGCCCCAGCUUUUGGCGCAUGAUCAGUGAGACACUCAAGUUCAAGAGGGAUGCUCUCAGGUACUUGGAGGAUUGUGAAAACAACCUUGAUCUGGAACAGAGCGAGACUUUGGGGCAAUUCGUUCAGUCCCAUGGAUAUUGUCAGUUCUUCCAAGAAGCUUAUCUUUUUCCAAUCUGUGGUUGGAUGUGGUCAUGUCCAUCACAAAGAGUUUUGGGCUUCUCUGCUUCCUCUGUGCUGUCGUUUUUUCGUAAGCAUAAUCUCCUUCAGUUGUUUAGUCGCACCCAGCCGCUCAUUGUCAAUGGUCGCUCUCAGUCCUAUUUCAACAAGCAGGUAAGAGAAGAUCUGGAAAGCAGGAGCUGUCGAAUAAAAACUAACUGCCAUGUGAAAUCCAUUUCAAGUUUUGACAGAGGUUACAGAGUCUUAGAGGUUGAUGGUUCAGAGGAGAUGUAUGACAGAAUCAUAGUUGGUAUCCAUGCACUUGAUGCUCUAAAAUUACUAGGAGCAGAAGCAACACAUGAAGAAUCAAGAAUUCUUGGUGCUUUUCAGUAUGUCUCUAGUAAUCUAUAUCUUCACUGCGAUGAAAGUUUUAUGCUAUGUAAUUCAUCCACAUGGAGUGCCUGCAACAUAACCAGAACAAGAAGCGGCUCUGUCUGUGUCACAUACUGGUUGAAUCUGCUUCAGAACAUUGAAUCUACAAAUCAUUUUCUCGUGACAUUGAACCCCUCUUAUGUUCCUGAUCAUGUGUUGCUUAAGUGGAAUACAAAUCAUUUUGUUCCGACUGUGGCUGCUUCAAAGGCUUCUCUUGAGCUUGAUCAGAUCCAGGGCAAGAGAGGUAUAUGGUUCUGCGGGGCAUAUCAAGGAUCUGGCUUCCAUGAAGAUGGAUUCCAGGCUGGCAAAGCAGCAGCUCAAAGUUUGCUUGGGAACAAGAUUGAUCCCCUGACGAACCCAAAGCAGAUGGUCCUGUCAUGGACAGAGACUGGGGCACGUCUUCUGGUGUUAAGAUUUCUCAAACAGUACAUCUCUGUUGGCAACUUGAUCUUGUUUGAAGAAGGUGGCACUAUGUUCAGUUUUGGUGAAGCUUGUGAAAAAUGCAAUAAAAAAUCUGUUCUGCAAGUUCAGGACCCACUAUUUUAUUGGCAGGUUGCAACAGAAGCAGACCUUGGUUUAGCAGAUGCCUACAUAAAUGGCUGCUUCUCUUUUGUCAAUAAGAGAGAAGGCCUUCUGAAUCUUUUCCUUAUCCUCAUUGCCAGUAGAGAUGCACACAGGAGUUCUUGCAGGAAUUCUAGUCGAAGGGGUUGGUGGACACCCUUGCUUUUUACUGCCGGCGUUGCAUCUGCUAAAUAUUUUCUGCGUCACAUCUCAAGGAAGAACUCUGUAACACAAACUCGUCAAAAUGUCUCUCAGCACUAUGAUUUGAGUAAUGAUUUCUUCUCGCUUUUUCUGGAUAAGUCAAUGACCUACUCAUCUGCCAUUUUCAAGGAUGAGGAAGAAAGCUUAGAAGAGGCUCAGCUGCGUAAAAUAAACCUUCUAAUCCAUAAGGCUAAAGUGGGACAGGAUGAUGAAGUUCUUGAGAUUGGUAGUGGUUGGGGCAGUUUGGCUAUGGAAGUGGUGAAGCAAACUGGCUGCAAAUAUACAGGAGUUACACAGUCUGUGGAGCAACUUAAAUAUGCCCAAAGAAGGGUGAAAGAAGCUGGCUUAGAGGACCGAAUAACUUUUCUGCUGUGUGACUACCGUGAAAUACCAUGUCACAAAUAUGACAGGAUCAUAUGCUGUGAGAUGAUUGAAGAAGUUGGUCAUGAAUACAUGGAUGAAUUCUUUGGCUGCUGUGAGUCCCUUUUGGCUGAAAAUGGCAUAUUUGUCACCCAGUUUAUCUCAAUUCCGGAGGAACGGUAUGAUGAGUACCGGAGAAGCUCAGACUUUAUUAAAGAAUACAUAUUCCCUGGUGGAUGCCUUCCUUCUCUGACUCGGAUAACAUCUGCCAUGUCUGCUGCAUCAAGGCUCUGCAUUGAGCACGUUGAGAAUAUUGGGUACCAUUAUUAUACAACUCUGAUACGCUGGAGGGACAACUUCAUGGCCAAUAAAGAUAAAAUUUUGGCCCUGGGCUUUGAUGAGAAGUUCAUUCGUACAUGGGAGUACUAUUUCAUAUACUGCGCAGCCGGUUUUAAAUCCAGGACACUUGGAGACUACCAGAUUGUAUUCUCUCGUCCUGGGAACACCAAGAUGGGAUCUGGCUUCUAAACUCAAAAUUGACCUCUGCCCUAGAGCACGAGCCAACCUAUUUAUCUUUGCCAUUGUGUAAUAAUUUACAGGAAACUUUGGUCUUCAUGCUUGAAGAUCAUGUUUGAAAAAAAAUGAAUAAGUCUAUAUUUGAAAUCCUUCAACUAUUGGCGACUCAAUCCAUGAACUUUAAAACAGGACAAAGUACAACCCUGGAGAAAUUACCGCCAUUGCUUGUUUGAAGGCAUGUUCUGUGCCAUGUCACCCUUGUUUGGAGGGGUGACUAGUAAAUAUUCUGAUGAUCUAUUACCUCAAAUAAAUUCCAUAUGGUGUAUAUACACGAUGCAAGAUGCAUUGCUUGUCCUAGCAUUGUUCUUGCCAUCUGAGCGCAUUAAAGAUAUGUUGGGUUUGGUUUGGUUUUAAAAAUGAAG